GAGCCCCGCCCUUCGAUGCUAGGCGGUUCCGCUUGGACUACGGCGCGGGCUCCGGCCCCACGGUAAGUGGAGCAACAGGCGAAGACCCUGGACACGUAGGCUUCGCAGCGAGUGCUCGCAACCUCCGCCAUUGUGUUGGACCACGGGAGUGCGCGGGAUGCAGGGCUGGCAUCUACCAUAUGGGGCGAUCCAGGCCGAACCAAGCGAUCUGCGGAGAGGGAACCCAGACCGGGACUCCAGUUCGCGGCUUUGAUGCAGCUGGCCCUUGGGCGCACUAUGCUCUGUGGAGCACACGCGCACGCCAGGCGGGUGUAGGGAGAUGGGAGCUGCUUCCUAGGGCUGAGCUUGUCAGCAUCCUCCAACAGGCCUCGCUCCUAAAGUCAAGAGAAGAGCCCUUCCUUGCCUACCUACCCAUACCUCCCUAACCCCGUUUGGGGGUCGCCUCCGUCUACCCAGCCCAACAAAGGAGCAGGACGAUGAUAUUGGCGUCGGUUCUGGGAAGUGGCCCCAGGGGCGGUCCUCCACUCCGGCCCUUCCUUGGGUCUGCACUCUUGCUCCGGGCCCUCUCCACAUCAGCCACCGAUACUCACCAUGCCGAGAUGGCAAGGGAGCGCUCCAAGACCGUUACCUCCUUUUACAACCAGUCUGCCAUUGAUGUGGCAGCAGAGAAGCCCUCAGUCCGCCUCACUCCCACCAUGAUGCUCUAUUCUGGCCGCUCUCAGGAUGGAAGCCACCUUCUGAAAAGUGCUCGGUACUUGCAGCAAGAGUUGCCAGUGAGGAUUGCUCACCGCAUCAAGGGCUUCCGUAGCCUUCCUUUCAUCAUUGGCUGCAACCCCACCAUACUACAUGUGCACGAGCUGUACAUCCGUGCCUUCCAGAAGCUGACAGACUUCCCUCCGAUCAAGGACCAGACGGAUGAGGCCCAAUACUGCCAGCUGGUGCGUCAGCUGCUGGACGACCACAAAGACGUGGUGACCCUCUUAGCUGAGGGCCUACGUGAAAGCCGGAAGCACAUACAGGAUGAGAAGCUUGUCCGCUACUUCUUGGAUAAGACACUGACCUCUAGGCUUGGGAUCCGCAUGUUGGCCACACAUCAUCUAGCACUGCAUGAGGACAAGCCUGACUUUGUCGGCAUCAUCUGCACUCGCCUCUCACCAAAGAAGAUUAUUGAAAAGUGGGUGGACUUUGCCAGACGUUUGUGUGAGCACAAGUAUGGCAAUGCCCCCCGGGUCCGCAUCAAUGGACAUGUGGCUGCCCGAUUCCCCUUUAUCCCUAUGCCGCUGGACUACAUCCUGCCCGAGCUGCUCAAGAAUGCCAUGAGAGCCACAAUGGAGAGUCACCUAGACACUCCCUACAAUGUUCCAGAUGUGGUUAUUACCAUUGCCAACAAUGAUAUUGAUCUCAUCAUCAGGAUUUCAGACAGAGGCGGGGGAAUCGCUCACAAAGACCUGGAUCGGGUUAUGGACUACCACUUCACUACAGCUGAGUCCAGCACCCAGGAUCCCCGGAUCAACCCACUCUUUGGCCACUUGGACAUGCACAGUGGUGGCCAGCCAGGACCCAUGCAUGGCUUUGGCUUCGGGCUGCCCACAUCACGGGCCUACGCAGAGUACCUUGGUGGUUCCCUUCAGCUGCAGUCCCUGCAGGGCAUUGGCACAGAUGUCUAUCUGCGGCUCCGUCAUAUCGAUGGCCGGGAAGAAAGCUUCCGCAUCUGACCCCACUGCCCUUGGCUUGCUCACCUGCCAAGCUUGGGCCAUACACCCUACCAGGACCUUCUGGGAAGACAGGGUGUCACUCUGCUCCACACACUGCUGCAUCUUGGGUCUUAGGACCCCAGACAGAUGGACUUACAUGGAGCCUGGUGCCAACCUCCUCAAUAGGGUCCACUGCUUCCUUGUCUCCAGGUCUUGGAGAGAGGAAGUGGGGACCCUUGAGGCCUCCAGCACCAGCUUCAUCUUUCUCAUUCCUGGGGAACCCUGUUUUGACCUGCUGUUUGUUAUUAAAGUUCACAUUUUGAAUGCCCUCUUGAA